AUGGAGUUUUCGAUACCACGAGGGAUUGAACACAGCGCGUUCGCCGGCAGGAUUAACGCCGUCCAAAAUGCGUCAGCCACGGCGCGGCUCCCACCGACUCACGGUGCUACCCCGUUCUCCAUCGAAGACAUUUUGAACCGCUGUGCACCGUGUCUACCGACCCAAACUCCCCCGUGUAGAAAUCGCAGAACCCCGUCAGACUCCACUCCCGAAGUCGGAGCAAGAAGUUCACCGAACAUGGUAAAUGGUGACGAUAGUGUCAACCAAAAUAUUGUGAAAAUUGCCAAAUCUGAGACUUGUUUUUCGUUCACCGCGCUUCCGUCUGUUCCGAAGUGCCUUGGAUUUGCAACGUGUACGGCAGCGGUUUGCGUCUGUCGAGAGAGGUACGUGGACGGCGAGAAUGACCCAUGGCCCUUCCUGAUGCGAACUCCGGCUGGAUAUUGCAUACCAUCACUAUUCCCUUCAGACACUGCGUCCGGAACUCUACGGAACAGGCGGCGGAAAGCACGCACCGUGUUCGUCGACUCACAACUACGGGGGCUGGAGGAGCGUUUCCAGGCGCAGAAAUAUCUCUCGACACCGGAGAGAAUCGAGUUGGCCGUAGUUCUCGGGUUGUCAGAAACACAGGUCAAGACUUGGUUUCAGAACCGACGAAUGAAACAGAAGAAAGAUUCGACCGGGCUUGUGGAGACGAAAGACCGGGACACCAGGAGCUCAACAAAGGGUCAACCUACGGGCAAGAAACGGGGCAAAGUCCCCGCCGAUGACUCGGACAUCAUAGCUAUAAACUAG